AUGCAAAGCAGUGCCCCCGCCUCACUCCUGCAGGCGGUUAAACUUGUAUUUCUUGUUCCAUUGUCAAGUUUGACGGAAACUGCCGUUGAAUUGGAUCAAGGAGGAGCUCCGCUGCAGCAACUAGAGGGACCGGAAACAUAUGAAGAAACUCGCCGCCCGGUUAUUCGCAAGGGUCACAUGACGAUUUUAGCACUCGCAGUACUACAAAUCGCAGUCCUGCUCAGUAUGAUUGCAUCCAAAAAAGCUGCGGUUUUAAAAGGGGAGGGGAGAAGCUCUCGUUACGUUGCACAAGUGCCUUCAUACUUUACACAUGAACGAGGAUUACUCCCCAUCUUCAAGAAGCAUGGAACCUUUCAGUUGAUGCUCUGGUCAUGGGAUCCCAUUAUGUGCUGCGAAAAUCAGUGCGUGCUGAACAUUGUCUCGACUUACCUGUCGUUCAAGCAAGUUUGGUUUGAAAGGAACAAAAGCACGCUGAGUGUAGGACUUCACCUUGGCAGCUGA